AAAAUUAUAUUUAACUGAACUUGAAGCAUGUGAAAAUAAUUUAGACGGAAUUGAAAUCAAUAUUCGUGUUGUUUUACCAACUGCUGAUGGAUAUAAAUGGAAUUAUCUACGUCAAUACAAUAAUGUUAGUAAAAAACUAACACGAUGGUACACCUGUUCACUUUCUUCUCAACAUGAUCAUUCUAAACAAAAUCCUAAACAUAUAUAUACUAAGCAAGAACGAUUUACAUGUCAAGGUUUAGUAAGAAUUAUUUUUAACCUAGAAAAAAUGAUUGUGCAUCUUUAUAUAUGUCAUUAUGAGCUUCACUUAUGCCCAACUAUAAAAGAAAAUGUUGAUAAAAAAGUAAUUGAAUUUAUUAAAAAUAAUAUUCAUCUUACUUUAAGACAACUUUGGAAACAGCUACAGUAUCAAUCACAUACACUAACACAAAAACAAGUUCAUUUCUGGUGGACUAUGUUUUAUCAAAAACUUUACCUUCGUGAUGAUGAUCAGUUUAUUUCAACAACUUAUUUGCUACAAGAAGAUGAAAAUUAUUUAUUAUUAUAUAGUAAUCAAGAAAAUGGAAUUUUUGAAAUUGCAUUUACUACUUCAUUUUUAUGA